AUGUUGGCCUCCUCCCUGUCACUCCUCUUCUUCCUCCUUCUCCUCCCCCCUCCCUCCCUCCCUGCUGAUGUCAUCAGGACUUCUGACCCCUCAGUGCGGUGGGUGGAGCUACAUGGCGCCCCUCUCUCUCACCUGCUGCUGGACGCGAAGGCGAGGCGUCUGUAUGUGGGCGGGGUUGACCACCUCUACCAGCUGACCUCUGACCUGGAGGUGAUGUCGCAUGUAACGACUGGCCCUCACCUGGACUCCCCCGACUGCUUGCCCCCGAUCGUCCCCCGGGACUGUCCCUCGGCCAUGCCCACUCACAACCACAACAAACUGCUGCUGCUGGAGCCGGGGCUCGAAUCGGAGCCGGGAAGUUUGAUUGUCUGUGGCUCGCUCUACCAGGGCAUCUGUGACAAGAGGAGUGUCUCCAACAUCUCUCAGCUCAUCUACCAGACCACCAACCCAGUCGACACGCAGUACGUCGCUGCCAAUGAUCCACGUGUCUCCACAGUUGCCGUUGUAAUAACCACCAAGUCCAAGCAGGAAAAGGACGGGGUUGGCAGCAUGCUGCGUUUGAUGCUGGUUGGUCGGGGAUACACCAGUAAAGGUCCUGGGGAUAUCCCACCAAUCACAACACGGCGCUUGUUCCCGGUGGUCUCACCUCGCCGGGCGUUCGCGCAGGAGGAAGAGCUGGGAAAACUCGUUGUAGGAAGUUACUCCGAGUACAAUAACCACUUUGUGAAGGCUGUUGUCCAUGGCAACCAUGUCUACUUCCUAUUCUCACGCCGAGACAUGUAUCACAAGAAAGAGUACCGGACCUACGCCUCCCGGCUCUGCAUCUCCGACCGCAGCUUCUACUCGUAUGUGGAGGUGCCGCUGUCCUGCGAAGGUGGGUACAACCUGGCCCAGGGGGCGUGGUUAGGACAACACUCAGGUGAACCCACCUUGUUCAUCGUCAUGGCAGCAGGCCAGGCAUCCACGCCUGUGGCAACAAGUCGCUCAGCGCUCUGCGUUUAUGGGAUGGCGGAGCUGGACAACAUGCUGCAGAGAGCGCAAGAAGUGUGUUAUACAAGUGAAGGAAAUGUGGUAGUACUUGAGGAAGGACGUGAGAAAGUACGCGAAGAGGCCUACAUCGAGUACGCAGUGUCAUCAAAAUGUCUGAAACUACCAAAGGACUCUCUCUCAGAGUACCCCUGUGGGGGAGAACACACCCCGAACCCCAUCGCCAGCGCUGUGGAUCUCCGGGCCCAUCCCACCCACACAACCACCACCCAGCUGACUGCUGUCACCACGGCAACAGAGGCGGGGCACACUAUCGCCUUCCUGGGAGACAGAGAGGGGCAACUGCACAAGGUGUUGGUGCAUGCUAAUCGAUCAGGUGAUCUGUACGGCAGCGUACUGGUGGACAAAGGCAGUGCCAUCAGCGCCGAUCUCCUAUUGGAAGACAGCCAGCAGCACGUUUUUGUUUUAACCAGCAGCAGGCUGUCGAAGGUUCCUGUGUCAUCAUGUGAGAGGCAGACAGACUGUCGGUCCUGCCUCGCUGUCAGAGACCCGUACUGUGGCUGGUGUGUCCUGGAGGGAAAAUGUUCCCGUAAACAUCAGUGUCAACGUCACGAUCAGCCCAACCACUGGCUCUGGAGCUUUGAACCAGUCAAUCAGUGCGUGACAGUGGAGAGCCUGCAGCCGGCGAACCAGAGCAAAGAUGAGCAGACACAGGUUACGCUGUCAGUCAUCCAGCUUCCCGCUCUCACAGAGGCAGAAUCUCUGUCCUGCGUCUUUGGGCUCCUCCCACCUCAGCCCGCCGUCGUCACAGGAACCAGUAUCACUUGUCAAUCACCUGCGCCGGAGCUCCUCCCACUGAUGCCGAUAGGAAGUGAUCACAUGAUCAUGCCUGUGUCACUGAAGUUUGGUGAGGUGACCAUCACCACAGGAGACAUGACUUUCUACGACUGUGGAGCUGUCAGCCGACUGAACCAGAGCUCCCAGUGUCUGGCGUGUGUCAGCAGUGUGUGGAUGUGUAACUGGUGUCCUCUGGAUCAGCUCUGUACUCACAACCCCAGCUGUCCAAACCAACGCAUCAUCCUCAACCAGAAAGAGUCUUCUGGUCCGACCUCCUGUCCUCUGGUCUACGCCCUGCAGAGCUCUGCCUUAGUGCCUAUGGGCCUGAGCACCACUGUGGUGCUGAAGGGACGAAACCUGGACAUCUACAUGGACGAGGCUCAGUAUGUAUGCGUUGUGGAAAUUGAGGGAGUUCAAUUCAACCUGACAGCUACUGUAGAGAAAACAGAGGAUGACACACACACCUUCACCUGCAGCCCUCACCAGUUUCAGUAUGCGGUCAGUCACCUUCAGUAUUUGGCGACUGUCUAUCUGAGAAGAGGACAGAGACGCAUCGACGCCUCACCAGGCCUCCGACUCGAGUUAUAUGACUGCUCAGCCGGCCAAUCAGAUUGCUCACAGUGCAGAGCGGUACCUGAGGAGUAUGGCUGUGUCUGGUGUCCAGGAAGCCCCUCCCCUAGCUGUGUUUACAACCAAUCCUGCUCCAGCAUUCCUGCGGACACCUGCCCACCUCCUCAAAUCACACAGGUGCAACCUGUGUCCGGUCCUCUGGAGGGGGGGAUCUUGGUGACCAUCACAGGCACAAACCUGGGGAUGAGGUAUCAGGAUGUGGAGGGUGGAGUCACAGUGGCAGGUGUUGAUUGUCCGCCCCAAGCUGAAGGAUACCAGAUCUCCACCAGGGUUGUUUGUGAGCUGCAGCCCAGUGGGAAGCAGACCGUGGGGCCUGUCCUCAUCACCGUGGGAACGACCCCACCUGGAGAGUCAACACAGACCUUCACCUAUCAGGACCCCCAGCUCCUGGAUCUGGUUCCCAAUAAAGGUCCGGUCUCUGGAGGAACCAGACUGACCAUCAGAGGACGACAGCUGCUGACCGGACAGACAUCUGACCUGAACGCCUACCUGGGCCUGCAGCCCUGCUACAUUGUGGAGGAGGUGAAUGACACUCAGCUGGUGUGUCAGACUGGUUCCAGUAAUCAGACUGGUGGAGUUCCAGUUCGUGUUUUAUUCGGUAAAGCCGAGCGGUCCGUUCCCAACGUUACCUUCCGUUACCUUGACGACCCCGUCAUCACUGACGCCACACCUGCCGAGAGCUUUUACGCAGGCGGGCGUGUCGUCAUGGUGACAGGCAGGAACCUUGACGUGGUGCAGCAGCCAAUCAUAUCGGUGUGGGUUGAGCCGGUCGAGGUCCAGAGGGUAAAACGAAGAAAACGAUUGGCUCUCCUCACCGCCAAGCAGCAGCUGGUCUUCAACAGCACCAUGACAACGGUGUCGGAGCGCUGCUCUGUCCUAUCGUCCUCUCAGAUGACCUGUCCCACCCCCCCAGUGACCCCAGAGGUCAAAGUGAAGGGCGUCUGGUUUCAGCUGGACAACGUCAGAGUCCACUACGAGAGCAUCAAGGGUAAAAGCUUCACUUAUUACCCAAACCCGCAGCUGUUCCCUCUGAAUCAAGACGCUCCAGACACUCCGCACCACUUCAAACCAGGAGGAGUGAUCGUUGUGGAGGGUCACGACCUGACCAGAGCAAUGUCCAGACGGGAAGUGAAGGCUCAGAUCGGAGAUCAGGAGUGUGAGGUGAAAACUCUGGACAGCACUCACCUGUACUGUGAACCUCCAGAGAGCCAACCAAAGAGUGUGGACGAGAAUAGCGAGCUGCCCAGCCUCAAGGUGGUGAUGGGGAACCUGCAGGUGGACCUGGGACUGGUUCAGUAUGACAGUGACUCUCUGCUGUCUCCCGUCCCAUUGGCUGCUCAGAUCAGUUUGGCGGCGGGAGCUGCUCUGAUCAUCCUGUCAGUGCUGGUUGUCAUCCUGAUGUACAGGAGGAAGAGUAAACAAGCCCUCAGAGAUUACAAGAAGGUUUUGUUGCAGUUGGAGACUCUGGAGAUCAAUGUGGGAGACCAGUGUCGCAAAGAGUUCACGGACCUGAUGACAGAGAUGAUGGACCUGAGCAGUGACGUUGGAGGACCGGGGCUCCCCCUGCUGGACUACAGGACGUAUGCAGAGAGAGUCUUCUUCCCCGGCCAGCAGACGCCGCCGUUGAGCCGCCAGCUGGACCUGCCAGAGUCCAGGAGGCAGACUGUGGAGCAGGGCCUUCAGCAGCUCAACAACCUGCUCAACAACAGACUCUUCCUCACCAGGUUCAUCCACACCCUGGAGGCCCAGCAGGGAUUCUCUCAGCGAGACCGUGGUUACGUCGCCAGUCUGCUCACCAUGGCUCUGCACGAUAAACUGGAGUACUUCACCGAGGUCAUGAAGACUCUGCUGCAGGACCUGGUCCAGCAGUACGUCGCUAAGAACCCCAAACUCAUGCUGCGCCGGACAGAAACAGUUGUUGAGAAGAUGUUGACCAACUGGAUGUCCAUCUGCCUCUACUCCUUCCUCAAGGAGGUGGCGGGCGAGCCUCUCUACAUGCUCUACAGAGCCAUAAAGUAUCAGGUGGAUAAAGGUCCAGUGGACUCUGUGACGGGAAAAGCCAAACGGACGCUCAACGACAGCCACCUGCUGCGAGAGGACAUCGACUACUGCGCUGUGACUCUGACAGUCUUGGUGAAAAAUGGAGUUGAGGUUCAGCCUUGUCCAGUUAAAGUGCUCGACACCGACACUAUUACACAGGUAAAGGAUAAGAUCCUGGAUCAGGUCUACAGAGGAGCUCCGUUCUCUCAGAGACCAGCAGCCAACAGUUUGGACCUGGAGUGGCGCUCAGGUCAGGCAGGUCACCUGACCCUGUCCGAUGAUGAUGUCACAGCGGUGGUUCACGGUCGCUGGAAACGAAUCAACACGCUGCAGCACUACAAGGUUCCAGACGGAGCUACGGUCGCUCUGAUUCCUCGUUCUCAAGGUUCUGGCGGAGUUGGCAUCAACCAGGUUUUCCAGACCGGUGAAAAAACGCCGAUGCUGGAGGGUGAGGAGGAGGAGGGUCUGCGUCUUUGGCACCUGGUGAAGAGCAGCGAAGAUCCUGAAAUCCCAAAACACAGAAAGAGCAGCAUGAGGGAAAGAGAGAGAGCCAAGGCCAUACCUGAGAUUUACCUGACCAGGCUGCUGUCCAUGAAGGGGACACUGCAGAAGUUUGUGGACGAUGUCUUCGUAGCAAUACUCAGCACGAAGCGUCCUCCUCCGAUCGCCGUCAGAUUUUUCUUCGACUUCCUGGAUGACAUGGCCGAGAAGCACGGCAUCGACGACCCCGAGACCGUCCACAUCUGGAAGACCAACAGUCUCCCUCUCAGGUUCUGGGUGAACAUCCUGAAGAACCCUCAGUUCGUGUUGGAUGUUCAGGUCUCCGACAGCAUCGACGCCGUCCUGUCUGUCAUCGCUCAGACCUUCAUCGACUCCUGCACCACCUCCGAACAUAAAGUGGGACGGGACUCUCCUGUCAACAAGCUGUUGUAUGCCAGAGAGAUCCCUCGAUACAAACAGCUGGUGGAGAGGUAUUACAGUGACAUCCACAGCGCUGCGUCAGGCUGUUACCAGGAGAUGAACUCCACUCUGACUGAACUGUCUGGGAGUUUUGCCUCCGAGAUGAACAGCCUUGUUGCUCUGCAUGAACUCUACAAGUACAUCAACAAAUAUUAUGACCAGAUCAUCAUGUCUCUGGAGGAGGACAGUUCAGGUCAGAAGAUGCAGUUGGCGUACCGACUGCAGCAGGUCGCCGCCCUGGUGGAGAACAAGGUCACUGACCUCUGAUAACCUCUAAACCCAUUCAAACUCCAGGAAGCACUGACCCCUGACCCCUGUGACCCUGAAGAAACUCAAGCACCCACUGAGGAUGAAUAUGGGUCUGAGACACUGAAACACUGAAAAUCAUUGAACUCCUGUUAACACUGUGUCUUCCUGCUGUGUGUGUGUGUGUGUGUGUGUUCAUGUGGGUGUGAGAGAGAGAGAGAGUGUGAGUGUGUGUGUGUGUGUGUGUGUGUUGGGGUUACGAGGUUUUUAUAGUCAGACUCAGGAGAUCCCAGUUUUUUUUAGAUUCUUCACACUGUAGCAGCAGCAGUCGAACGUUUACUUCAUGUUGCUUCUCAGCAGCUUAUAAGUUAAAUUAUUUAAAGUCAUUUAUUUUUAUUUAAGAUUUUUUUUUAAUGUCUUAAUCAGACAGCGAUAGUAGAGAGAUGACAGGAAACAAGAGAUGUAACAGAAGUCCCUGGCUGGAUUCAAACUAAGGAUGUUGUAGUUAAUUGUCAGCAUUUGAAGUCAAGAGCGACUCCUAAAGGUGCCUUCAGACAGCGAACUUUAAUAGAGCGACUUGUAGCUUUGAACACUGAGCAAAUAUAACAGGAUUAAUAACAACUUGCUUAUCAUAAAUGUUGUUUAUUGUCCCGAACUGGAUCAAGUUUACCGUUUCUCCUCAUUGAUCUGUCAGUUUUCUGAUAGUGUAAAAUUCAUUAUUCAGGAAACUCUCACACAGUAAAAUCAGCACCAGUAUUAUUUAUAUAUUUCCUGCAGCUAAAGUUAAAAAAGAUGAACCAUCAUAAACCCCUCCUUGCUGCUGGCAUC